AAAAAAUGUAAGUUGCUUAAUAAGUAAGCUGCACAGUGUGUAAAAGUACACAGGCAACUGCUGCUAUCUCAAACCAUCCUCCCGGUCAGACCACUGACUCCUUACCAUUUCUGGUGACCUAACCUUGCAUUGUUAUUGAACUAAGAAGAUGGAGUUCGAAGGAGGUAACGCCAAUGAUGACAUAGAUGCCAUGUUCAGUAAUCUCCUUGGAGAGAUGGAUCUGCUGACACAGAGUUUAGGUGUGGAUACUGUCCCACCCUCAACUGCAAUGUCCAAGCAGGAUUCAGAGUUCAAACUCUCAAUUGGUUUUAACGAUGUCAAUGAGUCUCUCAAUUCACUGGAAGACACUGACUUGGAUGCCUUAAUGGCAGACCUAAUGGAGGACAUCAAUCAGACAGAGCAAGUCUGCAAUGCAAGAGCCAUGACAGCUACAUCUCAAGCCACCCCAGUUUCAGCUGCCAAUACAAUGCCAAAUUUUUCAACGAUUCCCUCAGCUUCACAAAGAGGAUAUGCAGAGCAACCAAGCCUAGAUUUCCCGCCACCUCCACCUGACAUGUCUCUGCCUACAGCGUCAGCUUCUGUGUCACUUCCACCACCACCACCUCCGGAACCUCCAGAACCAUUGACAGAGGAAGAAAAAGAGGCCCGGGCAAAAGCUGAUAAAAUCAAACUGGCUUUGGAAAAGCUGAAAGAGGCAAAGGUUAAAAAGCUGGUUGUUAAGGUCCUCAUGAAUGAUAGCAGCAGUAAAACAUUGAUGGUUGAUGAAAGACAGACUGUGAGAGAAGUUCUGGACAACUUAUUUGAAAAGUCUCACUGUGACUGCAAUGUGGAUUGGUGCCUGUAUGAAAAAAAUCCAGAACUACAGAUUGAACGGUUUCUGGAAGAUCAUGAGAACUUGGUGGAGACCCUGUCACAUUGGACGCGAGACAGCGAGAACACACUUCUAUUUGUUGAAAAGAAAGAAAAGUAUGCGGUCUUUAAAAAUCCCCAGAAUUUCUACAUUGCAAAGAAGAAAGCAGAAGGGAAGAAUAUGAAAGAGAAAAACAAAGAGGCUUUACUUGAGGAAUGUUUCUGUGGAACAUCAGUCAUUGUACCAGAGCUUGAAGGAGCCCUCUGUGUAAAAGAAGAUGGAAAGAAGUCAUGGAAACGUCGAUACUUUCUCCUUCGAGCUUCAGGGAUUUAUUAUGUUCCUAAAGGAAAAACUAAGACAUCUCGUGAUCUGGUUUGUUUCAUCCAGUUUGAGAAUGUCAAUAUUUACUAUGGAAUGAAUUACAAGGCGAAAUACAAAGCACCAACUGAUCACUGCUUUGUACUGAAGCACCCUCAGAUUCAGAAAGAGUCCCAAUACAUCAAGUAUCUGUGCUGCGAUGAUCCCUGGGCUCUACAACAGUGGAUAACAGGGAUACGAAUAGGAAAGUACAAUAAGACAUUGUACGACAAUUACAAAGUUGCAGUACAAAGGGCUGGUCUGGCCUCAAGAUGGACAAACUUUUCAAAUGUAGAAGCUGUCAAAACUACAAGCACCAUUUCAGCUAUUCCUCAACCGAAUGGACAUCCAGGAAAACCCCAGAAAGCACUGAAUCCAGUCAGUCCUGCAUUUCCUGAAUCCCGGAAAAAUGCACAGGAGAAGACAACUUAUAAAACUGAUACCAACCUGCCACCGCCACCUCCUCACCUUGGAUAUCAAGAAUCCUCGCAGAUUGAAGAAGAGGAGCUACCACCGCCACCCCCAUCCUUUGAACCUCCCCCUCCACUUUUUCAGCCUCCUCAAGAGCCAGCCAUGCAAAAGCCAGGACCUCCUGCACCACCCACCCGUCACUUCCCAUCUACAACAUCUGCAGUACCGCCUCCUACUGCAAUCAAACGGAGAAAUUCAGGUGCAGCUAGCCAACUAAAGCCAACUGCACACAUUGCAGAGUUACCCCCUCCCCCUCCAGAUCCAGAAUAUUUUCCAGAACCACCACCUGAUUUUCUGCCACCUCCUCCUCCAUGCUUCAGCAACAAUUCUGGGGGAGCGCCACCGCCACCACCUCCUCCGCCGCCUUUUGCUUCUAAUCCCACUAUCAGUGCUGUGAAAAAGCCAGUUGUGCCAAAGAGGAGUGAGAAUACGACAGUGACCUCCACCAACAGACCUGGAGGAGGUGGUUCCUCAGACAAGCCAGACCUUAUGUCAGAUCUCAUGAAGGCCCUACAGAAGAAAAGAGCUGCACUAAAUGAAUGAGCACAGGCAACUGAAUCAAAGAUUUGUGUCCAUAGGUACUUUACAGUUUAUGUGACACUAAACCAUUUACCAAAAACAGCUUGAAUAGACUCAUACUGGCAAGUAGUCUGAUCUGCACCAGUAAAGAAGCAGUAUUUGAACACAGUUGGUCAGGCAUCUACAGGUGUGGAAAGAAGCAAUAUAUUGCAAGUGUUACAUUAUCAAAGAGAAUAUUGAUGUUUAUACAGCCGAUGUUAAUUUUUCCAUAACUGUACAUAUGCAUUUCUUAGUAUGGUUUUACAUGUGUAUUCAUGUUUCUUAACAGUGAAUUUAAGUUCUUUUGAUACUAAUGUGAUAUGGCAUUGAUCAAGAGAGACCAGGAAACCUGUACUGUUUUACAUGAAUUUGGGUAGCCUGAUGUUGAAGUCAUUCAAUAUGAUCUCCAUGUUAGAGGGAUAUGAAACAACCAAAGCUUCCACUUCUGGUUGCCUUCUCACUGCAAAAUAGGUAUGUUCAGAGGUACCCAAAAAUAAAGUAUCAAUCUGACAAAGCUUAUGUGUCAAACUGCGGAAAGAGCAAUUGUUACAUAGAAUUUAGCAAUUCCACAACCGCCAGAUCAGAUCUGAGCUCUACCGCCCAUCACAUCCAGCAAUGAACAGGUAGACAAUUAAACAACUAACACCAGGGGAGGCUCAGAAAUAGUCACAACAGUGAGGGAGCCCAGCACAUUAGUUCCACAGAUAAUGCUGAACAUUCACAACAAUCUUCAACCAAAAGUGCUGAGUGGAUUACCCAUCCUGGCCUCUGCCAAAGGUCCCAGCAUCACAGCUUCCAGUUUUCAGCCAAUUCAAUGCACUUCGUGUGAUAUCAAGGAAUGGCUGAGAUACAAGACACUGCAAAGGCUUUGGAACCUGACAACAUUCCAGAAUAGUACUAAAGAUUUGUACUCCAGAAUUUGCUGUUGCCCUAGCCAAGCUGUUCCAGUAGUUACAACACCGGCAUUUACCCAAUAAUGUGCAAGGUAUGUUCUGUACACACAUGUAGGAUGAAUUCAACACUGCCAAUUUUCUGCCCCAUCAGUCCACCCUCAAUCAUCAGUAAAGUGAUUGAAGGAGUCAUCGAAAGUGCGUGCUCACUGAUGUUCAGUUUGCCUUAUUGGUUCAAACAUGGACAAACGAGCUACAUUCCAGAAGUGAAGUGAGUGUGACUGCCCUUGACAUCAAUGCCACGUUUGUCCAAAUGUGGUAUCAGUUAUCCCCAACAAAACUGAAGUCAAUGGAAAUCGGGGAGAAACUGUCCACUGUUUGCAUCCAGGCUGAGCACAAAGGAAGAUGAUUGUAGCUGUUGAAAGCCAAUCACCUCAUCCCAAGAUACCUCUAUAGGAGUUCCUCAGAGGAGUGUUUGAGGCUCAACCAUCUUCAACUGCUUCAUCGAUGACUUUCUCUUCAUAAGUUCAGAAGUGGGGAUAUUCACCAAAAAUUGCAUAACGUUCAGCACCAUUCCCAACUCCUCAAAUACUGAAGCAGUCCACAUUGAAAUGCAGCAAGACCUAACUUAGGAUGUUGUAGGAUUGUGUUCAAAUAAUGACAGAAAUCAGUGAGUGGCAAAAAUAGCCUCUUUUUUCAGGAUCCACAGUAGCACAGUUUGAGGCAGCAAUGGAAUCUCAAAGUACAGUUCUUACAGUAGCCUCUUUAUAGACUUCAAAAUCACACAACACCAGGUUAGAGUCCAACAGGUUUAAUUGGAAGCACACUAGCUUUCGGAGCGUCGCUCCUCACUAUCACCUGAUGAAGGAGAGAUGCUCUGAAAGCUCGUGCUUCCAAUUAAACCUGUUGGACUAUAAUCUGCUGUUGUGUGAUUUUUAACUUUGUACACCCCAGUCCAACACCGGCAUCUCCAAAUCAUGACUCUUUGUAGACAGUUCUUAAAGUUCUAGCAUUAUAGUGUUACAUAGUUUUAUCUAUUUACACAAAGAAAGUUUGCAUGACAUUUGUCCAGGGAUAGUGAGGACUGCAGAUGCUGGAAUGUUAGAUUUGAUAAAAUGUGGAGCUGGAAAAAGCACAGCAGGUCAAGCAGCAUCAGAGGAGCAGGAGAGUCGACAUUUUGGGCAGGACGCUUAAUAUGCAUUUGACAGAUAUGUACUAGUUGAAGGAACAGUUUGAUGUUCUGUAACUAAUCAGGUCCCUGAUAAUGAGUCCUGCCCGAAAUGUCGACAUUCCUGCUCCUCUGAUGCUGCUUGACCUGCUGUGCUUUAUCCAGCUCCACAUUUUAUCAAAUCUAUCCUGGCAAAGCAGGAGUUGUUUAAACAUUUGUUAGGUGCUGGCUGUUAUUCCUGAUGGGCUUAGAGCGUCUGUCUGGUCUGAGCUUGCAUAAUUAAGAGGAGUUAGUCCUUAUAUUUUUUUAAGAUAGUAAAUGUUAGUAAAAAUACUAAACCUAUAAGAUUUAAAUAAGUUAGAAAUUAUACGUGUGCUUAAUAAAAGCAUAAAGGAUAUUAAACUGAUUACUGCAGCUGGGUCUUGAGAUUUUAUUUUCUAUUAACGGUUUUGACAUUUAUUCAUGCAGUUUCACAGAAGCACCAUUUUGAUCCUAAGUUUCUUAAAGGGGAUAGCAGCCCUACUUAAUAUGUUUUUAACAGGGACAUACUAGUUGAGGAAACUGUUUGAUGUUCUGUAACUAUUUAGGUCCCGAGAGAUGUUUGCUAAGGGUAAUUAAAAUUAUAAUCUUUCCAUAGUUUUUGGCAAGUCACGAGUCUGAUUAGGUUCCUCUCUUGACACUUAUUCAGGGAUAGCUUUUGAUAUAGAAAUAGGUCUAAACACUGCUUACAGCAUGAGGUUGAUAAGAAUUGAAAGUGUGAAGAAACAGUAAUGGGUUGGAAGGGAUGUUUUAAUUUAGUCUAUCUUAUAAUAGUAAAAUGUACUUCAAAAAUGCAUUUUUAUGCAUGAAUAAAUGAAAAAGCGAUAUACUAAACAUAACAAGUUGGUGAGUGAGUUAGUACAGAGUUACAAAUGAAUGAAUGGGAAUGCAAUAUUAACAAGUAUAGAAUGCUUGUGAGAGGGUUAGUAAAGAGAUCUAUAAUACAAUACCUCACACUGUUAAGUAGCAAGUGUCAUGGCACACAAGUACCAACCUCAUUGAGAGAAAAUCUUAAUGAUCCUUGACACUCAAUAGCAUUGCCAUCCCUUAAUCAUCACCAUCAACAUCCCAGAGUUCAUCAAUCACCAAACAAUGAACAGGAUCAGUCACAUAAAUGCUCGGCUACAAUGGCAGAUCAAAGGCUAAAGAUUUUGUGGUGAGUUACUAACCCCUGUCUCCCUAACGCCUGUCCAUCAUUUACAAAGAACAGAGUUAGGGAGUAUGAUGAAAUACUCCCCACUUCUUUGCUGUGUUCUUCUCAUUUUUUUCCUGGCUGUGCCAGCCUCCAAAUCCCAUGCGCAGCAGUGACUUCCAGACUUGGAACCUUGGAGCAGCUGUGCGAGUGGGAACCACGAAGCUUAGAGGGAAUGUUAUUUGCCUGUCAGUUCAGCUCAAGGUAAACCAAAGCUCGACACUAUUCAGGGCGAAGCAGGCAUUUGCAGGCAUUUUACUAUUGACAAAUAGUGGCAGCUGCAGGCACCAUCUAAAAGAUGUACUGAAGUAGCUCACUGAGGUUCCUUCAACAUCUCCUUCCAAAUUGGCAAUUGCUACCAUCAAAAAAGAUAAGAGAAAUAUAGGAACACCACCACUUGUCAGUUCAUCUCCAAGUAACGCACCAUUCUGAUCUGGAAAUAUAUUGCCAUUCCUUCAGUGUCAUCAAAAAUCUCUCCCUAACAGCACUAUAGGUAUUCCUACACCUCAUGGACUACAGCAAUUGAUGAAGACUGCUCAUCACGUUCUCCAGAGCAAUUAAGGAUGGCCUAAUCAAUGAUGCCCAGAUAACAUGCAUGAAUAAGAAGAGAAUGCAGAAUCAUUCCUCCCCUUUGAUUAAACAGCUCAUGCCUCAUGUAAACUCACACAAAAAAUGGUUAUUUAGACUAAUUAUCAAAAGGGCUUCUUGGAUGUU